ACUCAAACUGGUCAAAUUUAGGUGUUUCAAACCUGAUUAUGGCGGCACUAUUCUGCGUUUCUUCCACGCUAUUUCCUAUGUAAAGUACAGGCUCUCCUCUUAAAAAUGCUUUAGCCCUUCACCUCCUCACCAACAACCACCCCUCUUUCAUUCCAGUCCAGAUUAUCUUUUUGUCAAAGCUUAAAUCCAUUCCAUGGCAUCUACCUCUACUUCUACUCUUAUCACUGAGCACGAACCUCAAAAUGAACAAAUUGUUGCAUCUUCGUCCACUUCUACUACGCCCUCAGUGGGAAGCCUGUUUUCAUCCUGUUUUAAUUGUUGUUCUUUCUUUCUUUCUCUCUGUUCAACUCGACGCCAUUCUAAUGCUUUUCAAGAGAUCGCACCAUCUCCAUCUGAUUCAAAUGCUUUUGACCAAGUUGUACCAUCUACAUCUACUUCUGCUAGAUCCACUCUAAUGCAACACAGAAAGCUGCCCUACGAUGUUUUUAUCAAUCAUCGUGGCCCAGAUGUCAAACACACACUCGCAGCCACUCUCUACAAGACCCUCACUGGCAUGGGAUUGAGGGUUUUUCUUGAUAAUGAAGAGCUCGAAUUAGGGGAUUUUUUGCCUAUAGAAAUAGAAGAGGCAAUGAGCAGUGCUUUGCUACAUAUAGCUAUAUUUUCCAAGAAUUAUGCACAAUCCUCAUGGUGUUUGGCAGAGCUUUCAUUUAUGCUCAAAACAGGCACCCAAAUUGUUCCUGUUUUCUAUCAUGUUCAGCCUGAUGAUGUCAGAUAUGCAAAAGGAGUUUAUGCUGAGGCAUUUUUCCGGCAUACAAAAAAGGGUAGAUACACCUUGGAAAAGCUUCAGGAAUGGAAGAAUGCACUCAACAAUGUUUCAUAUAAUGUCGGUGGCAUCAUUCAUAAUGAUGAUGAUGAGGGAGCUCUGUUGAGGAAAAUUGUUGGCUGUGUUUUGAAAGUAGUAAAAAAUGUGCCGUUUGUAGUUGCCAACCAUCCAAUUGGUUUAGAUGAAAUUCUAAGGAACUUUGAAAGGACGACACUUCAAUCCACAGAGACUCAUAACAACGUCCAAAUUGUAGGAAUAUGGGGCAUGGGUGGUUCUGGCAAGACCACUCUUGCCAAAGAGAUAUAUAAUAAUAAAUAUAGAAUUAUGGACAAGUCUAGUUUUUUAGUAGAUGUUAGAGAUGCUGCUUCUAAAAGUAAAUUGCAUAAGAAACAGAAAAAGCUUCUAGAGGACUUCGGUCUCCAAGGAGUAUCAAUUGACAAUGUAGAAGAAGGAAAGAGCAUUCUUGCCAGCCGUUUGCGAUCUAUUCGGUUGCUCAUCAUACUGGAUGAUGUGGAUAGUGUAGAUCAAUUGGAUGCUCUAGUGCCCAAGAAGGAGAGUCUUGGGUGGGGUAGUUUGAUUGUAGUCACUUCAAGAGAAUUUGAAGUCCUUCGAUGUUGGGGCAUCUCGUCCAUUUAUAAAAUGAAAGCAUUGGAUCGACCUCAUGCCAGGCAGCUCUUUUGUUGGCAUGCUUUCUUGCAGCCCUUUCCACACCAAGCAUUUGAAGAUUUGGUUGAAAAAUUCUUAAAUGUUUGUCAUGGAUUACCAUUGUCUCUAAAAGUUUUCGGAGCACAACUAUAUGGUAUCUCCAACAAAGAUCAUUGGGAAAGUCAAUUGCAAAAGAUCUCUAGAAUUUUACCCAAAGAUAUCAAAGAGAGAUUGAAAGUUAGUUAUGAUGCCCUAGAUGAUGAGGAGAAGCAGAUAUUCUUAGAUAUUGCUUGUUUCUUUAUUGGAGAGAAAAGAACUUCAGCCAUUGCAGCUUGGGAUGGAUCAGGAUGGAAUGGUCAGCAUAGUUGGGAACGACUUUUAAGUAAGUGUCUUGUUGAGCUCAAUGAUGAUGCAACCGAUGAUGACUGCAUAAGAAUGCAUGACCACUUGCGCGAUUUGGGAAGAGAAAUUGCAAAUCAUCAGUCACCCUAUCGUCUCUGGUCUCCCCAACAAAUUAUUAAUGUUGGUAAUCAAGUACAGGGAAUUGCAAUUCGAGGAAUAAUGACCACAACAGCUGAAUCCACAAGCGAGAAUGAGGAGUUUCCUCGAUGUUCCCAUGAUGGAAAGCUUCUGGUUAAGGCAGGUGGAGUAAAUUAUAGCCUGGAACCCUCUUCGCUUGGACUAAAAAUUUUUCAUGUUAGAGGAAAUUAUUAUAAUCAAGUAAUUGGUGAUUUAUCAAGAGAGCUGGCAUGGUUUCGCUGGCAUGACAUUGACCAGAGAAAUCUUCAGUCAUUAAGUUCAUUAAAAAAUUUGAGGGUUUUAGAACUCUAUGAAAAAAGGCAAGGGGAACAUCACUUAGAAGAACUAUGGGAGACUGACAGCAAUGCUCCUGUGCAGUUAAGAGAGCUGGUUGUUACUGGAUGCUCAGAAUUCCAAGGAUUUCCAAAGUCAAUAGGAUGUCUCGGACAUUUGAAAAAGAUAGUCAUGAAGUAUAACAAGAAUGUGAGGAGUCUGCCAAAAGAAUUUUGUCUUCUUCAAUCACUGGAAUACCUGGAGUUAGAAUUUUGUUCAGGGCUAUCAUCACUACCUAGCAGUUUCGGUGACUUGAAAAACCUGAGGCAUAUUAAUUUGUCCAAUUGCAGGAAAUUGAGGAGGUUGCCAGUCUCCUUUAAGGAGCUCACACUCCUACAAUACCUCUCAUUAGAUUGCUGUUUUAAUCUCACCUUAGAGUCGGACAUUCUAGAAAACAUGACAAGACUAGAGUAUUUGAAGAUCCAAGGUUGCGACCAAUUAGAAGAGUUGCCUCAUCACAUUACAAAUCAGGCCUCCUUGACAGAGCUCACUUUAUCCCUAAACAGGUUAAGAGAGCUACCAGUGAACAUCGGUCAACUGAGUAAGUUGCAAAACAUAUGGAUCGCAAGUAUAUCGUUGACAGGCCUGCCGACAUCUAUUGGAGACAUGUCUUCCUUGACUUCUCUCGAAAUUUAUAAUUGUCGCAAACUGGAAUAUUUACCUGAGUCGCUGGGGGGCCUUAAUCUCUUAAGGAAUUUAAGGAUAGAUGGUUUAGGAGUGAAACACUUACCAAAAUCAGUUGGGCAGCUAAUUAAUCUUCAAGCACUGCAUAUAAGACAUUGUCCAAUCAGGGAAUUGGAUCUUGGGGCAGGGUUGUUUACUUGUUUGAAGGGGAUAUAUCUAGAGUCAACUGAAGUGUCCAAGAUCUCCAUCUCUGAAGACUCACCUCUCGAGUGGCUCUCACUUGGUGAUAAUAGGCAUCUAAAGGAUAUACAAGUCCUACCAAAUACACUCGAGAGCAUAGUUCUGAGAGGGUGCCCCAAGUUAGAUGUGAUUCCCAGUUUUGCACAAUUAGGUUUUCUCCGUGAAUUUGUACUUGAAGGCUGCUAUGGAGUUAAGAAAAUACAAGGUUUGGAACAUUGUAAAGCAUUAGAGACACUGAAAGCACAUACGAGGUGGGAGGAGGCAGGUAUAGGAAGUUUGGAGAGCAUGGAAAGAUUGAGAAAAGUGGAACUCCAAGCAAUCAGCAGAUCAGGUGUUGAAGGUUGCAUUCAAAGCAUGCAGAAAUGGCCAAAAGAAGAAAUGAUAGUAUGCAUGCGGGCGGUCCCUGAUGCGGCCACAAUUGUAGACUCCUUUGUAAAUUCCUUUCCUAAUCUCUCUGUCGUUGACUCCUUUGCUAACCAGAAAAUAAACUCCAACCCAUCCCUCAAAUGCCCGUCCAUUGCUUGCUGCAUCCUUCUAUGUUUUGUUCUGGCUUGUGAAUCCCCAGAAACUGUAUUGCAGUUGGCAUAUAGUACAGAAAAUAGGGAGCUUAAAACACCUAUGUGGGAGUAUGAUCCGAUGGAGUUGGAGAAGGGCAAAUGGGUAUGGACAGCUCUCUUCACCGAACAUUCCAGAAUCCAUAAUAGCAUUUCAGGUCACACACAAUCAUGGGUAAACUUAUGGUCAGACAGAAGCGAAGAGAUCGGAGGAGUGGACAAAGGAGUACUUGUGAUGGGAGAAGAGGAGAGAGUUGCGGAGGCUUUCACCCACUUAUGUGUUCUUCUAACAAAUUAAUGUUAUUGUCUCUAACAAAUUGAUGUUAAUAGACAUGAAUUAAAUAUGUUUAUUAUUAUUAUUUUCAAUU